AAAAAAAAAAGAAGAAAUUAAUUUUUUUUUAAAUAUAAUUUUCUUUAGAUAAUACAACAUGUUCAAUGUCAAAUAAUGAUCGACCAUCAUCACCUAUUUUAACUAAUGAUACACUUCAACAAUCAAUAAUAUCAAAUCAAAAUUCAGAUAUUAAUAAUGUUCAACAAGCAAAAAAACUUCAAAUACUUGAACAACUUCAACAUGUUGAAAAAGAACUACAUGAUAAAGCACAACAACAAUUAAAAAUCAAUCAAGAUUAUCGACAACAAGUUAAUGAUUAUGUAGAUUCAAAUGCACUUCCAUCACCAUCAACAAUCAGUGGUAAAAAAAAACGAACAACAUCAUCAUCUUCAACAUCAAGUUCAUCAUCUGAAACAUCAUCAUCAUCAUCAACAGCUAAACAAGAUGAUCAAUCAACAUUACCAAUAACAAUAACAACAACCACAACCACAACAAAUUUAACAUUACCUGCUCCAACACAAACAAUAAAUUUUUUUUCAACAUCAACAAAUGAAUCAAAUCAAUCAUCAUCAAAUAAUCUUCGUAUAUCAAAUAAAUCUCUUAUACCACCAUUUCAUCAUAAUCAACAUCAUCCAAAAAUAAAAAAAUCAUUUAAUCGACAAUUAUCAAAAUUUGAUCGUCGAUUAGAACAAAAUUUACAUGAUAAUCAAACACAUAUUGAUCAAAUGAAUUUACAUUUAAAAAAUCUUAAAUUACUUUCACCAUCAUCAACAGAAUGUUUAACAACAUUAAGUCCAACAAAAACUCCUAUGCGUAUUAAUACAGAUACACAAAAAGCACUUGAACAUUUACGUGAAUUAGCUAGUAAUCCAUCAGAACUUGAACGUAUACAAUCAUUAGCAAAUAAUCCUAAUUUAAUACAAGAAAUAAAAAAAGUUGCUAAUCAAUCAUUUAAUGAACAAUUAAGAACAUUACCACCAUUUACACCAGCAAAUUUACAACAAACAACUAAUGAUUCAUUAACAAUAGAAAAUAAAUCUAAUAAUAAUGAUAAUCAUCAAAAAAGUAAGCUAUGA